AUGUCGUCUGAGGACUCAGAUGGGUUUGAGAGGGCUAAUUUUGGAGACAUUUACAUUCCUACGGUGGAUGAUAAGGUUAAGAAACAGAUUAUGGAUGCACUAAUAGUGACAGACCAAGGAGAAAAUAUAGUUGGAUUAUGCGGGCCACAUAAAAGAGUCAAGCAUUUUGUAAAAACAGCUGUAAGAAGAGCUGAGAGAGAUCAAUUGUUCCAAAAGAUUGUCACAGCAACAGUGACCAAGAAGCCAGACAUUACAAAGAUUCAAACACAACUUGGUAUUACAAUAGGUCUCAAUUUUGAUGACACAACGAAUCAAGGUGAAUCUACUUUCUGCACUUGUUUUGGUAAUAACAAAAGAAUGACAACUGUUGAAAGAGCUAAUCUUUUGUGUGCUAAGAUGAAGGAGCUGCAAACCGUUCUAGUUGUACUGUAUGAUCUUCAUGGCAGACUCGAUAUAGGCAAGAUUGGUAUCCCAUUUGGUGAAGAUCAUAAUGGUUGCAAGAUGUUGCUGACUUCUAAAAGUUUGGAUGUUUUAUCCAAAGAAAUGAAGGUUCAUAAAUUGAUAGAAUUAUCAGAGACGUGA